AUGUUGAUCAUAAACACACUUUCAACAACAAAUAUUUUUAAUGCCACUAAUUUAAAGCGAAAGUAUCUAAAAGCUUUUAAUUCUCUGAAAAAAGUUAUUUCAUGUAAAGCUACAAAUGGGAUUUCGAUUAUACCUUUAAGAAAAACAAAGUCUGAAAGAAAAAUAAAUCAAGGAGAAAAUGAACAAAAAAAUUCUGGUAAAAUACAAAAGUUUAUGAAUAAUUAA